GACUUGUUUUUGUGUAACACACAUGGCUGUCAGAGGUCUCCACUUAACUAGAGUAACGUUAGUCUUUUUUCUCUUUUAGCUUGUGUGUUGCGUUUCGGCUGCCGUUUUGUCACUCCGCAGAUGUAACGUGAUGUCGGAUAAGCGUCAGCGUGCCAGGGUCCAGGGCUCCUGGGCCAAACAACCACCAAAACACUCUGGACCAACAGGUGCAGUUCCAAACAGCCAACCACCCAACAAUGUCAACCCGGAGCCUUCUUCUUGGGGAAGUGGGCCACAGAAAACUCCGAAGACAUUUGAGUUUAACCAGCCCACCAAGCAAGUUAGAGAUGUUCCACCAGUGAAGGUGAUAGAGCAGGCAGGAAUUCACGAGAUCAGCCACGGACCAACGGGAGUGUCCAGACUGCGGCUGCUGCCUGGGUUUCUGUCCCCAGAAGAGGCUGACUGGAUGUUCAGUAAGCUGCUAGCAGAGCUUCCCUGGUCCCAGAAGACCAACUACAGACAGGGUGAGGCGUACGGGGAGCCCAGGCUGACCUGCUGGUUUGGAGAGUUGCCCUACACGUACGCUCGCUCCACCAUGGCCGCCAACGCACAGUGGCACCCAUUGCUGUCGACCCUCCGCGCGGCCGUGGAGCAGGCGAGCGGCCGCAGCUUCAACUCGCUGCUGUGCAACCUGUAUCGGGACGGCCGCGACAGCAUCGGCUGGCACAGCGACGACGAGGCCUCGCUGGGCGACGGGCCCACCAUCGCCUCCAUCAGCCUGGGCGACACCAGAGUGUUCGGCCUCCGCAAGCGGCCUCCGCCGGACGAGAAUGGCGACUUCACUUACGUGGAGCAGAUUCGGGUUCCUCUCAGCCACGGGACACUUUUGGUGAUGGACGGAGCCACGCAAGACGAUUGGCAGCAUCAAGUGGCUAAAGAGUACCACGACCGAGGCCCACGCAUCAACCUGACCUUCAGAACGAUGUUCCCAGAGCCGGAGGGCCACAGGCCGGGCACCAAGCUGCGAUUCACAUCCAUGCGGCCAUAAAACUCCCCUCGGAGACGGAUGCUCUCUGUAAGGCUGAGCCGUGUCCAGAGGCUCUGCGUUCAAAGCGCCGUCCGACGGUCUGGAGCGUGAAACGCGACUUGUGAGCAAACUUCCAGCUCUGCCUGAAUUCACCUGUGAGCCGUGAUGACUCUGCAGACCAGUGGUGACGGUCAGAUAUCAGAUGUUUCUGAGAUAAGCCAAACAGAAGAAUUGAAGGCUGGAUAAACAGCCAGCUCUGCAUAUUACUGACUUUAUUUAUUUGCUUCGGUUCAUUUCAGUUCAUUUGUUACAGUCUGGUAUGCUAAACUAACUGAUUUUUUACUCAAAGAGACGCCAUGUUCCUUCGACUGUCAUGAAAGUAACUGGCCACGCAUUUUAUUUUUUGGAGAAAACACAUUUGCUGUAGAUAUGGGAAGGAACAAUUGGCCACUUAUUGUCCAAUUGCAGCUGCAUCAGGACUAUAAUUAGUUAAUCCUCCUGUUGUUAAAGAACCUCUAAUAUAACAUGAUCCAGAAUACACAAGUGUUUUGUGAUUAGCAUGUGCACAGUUGAACUUUUCUGUACUCAAAACAAGUCAAUAUAGUUGCAUAUCCAUUUUAAUUUUCAAUUAUUAUUUUUUUGGGGUGGGAUUGAGGGAGCUUUUUGGGGAUUUGUAUGUCACUAAAUUUAGUCAUUUAUCAGAAAGAACUCACACAAUGCAAACUAAAUGAAGAAGUCCAUACCCAUGCUACAAACAAGCUGGAUUCAUCCAACAAAAAUAACGGUAAUAACUACGUACGGCAUCCAGUGGUAAAAGGUGCAGAAGAAUCGAUACAAAAGGAGCUUUAACGGCUUGAAAUAAACUUGGUAAACGUUUUUUGAUUGGACUAAAGUGUUAUUGGCAAAGUCACAGAUGAUUUUGAGAUUCCUGUGGAUUUAAGGUGAUGGCUUUUUGGUUUCUGCAUAUACGUCCCUGCACAGGUUCCAUGUUGAUUUGAGUUGAUUGGAUCAGACACCUCAAUACUUUUGGCAGAUUACCAGAGCUACUUCUUUUUUUUUGUUGCUUUUGCUUCCUAGUCCAUGAAUCUAAAAUUGCAUGAAUUGAGGAAAGCACAUGAUUCAGUCUGUUUUAUUUUGUAGCACUAAUGAGGUGUUCUUGAUUGCCGUUGUUCUGAAAUAAAUUAAUACGUCUCUGAAUCCA